AUGAACCUUCUGCGCAGGAGAAAUCUCCCGUCUUCACCCCAUACACCGCUUGCAGACAAACUUGGCAGUACAGAGUAUAAAAUACGAAAGGAGAUAGCAAUCAUGAAGAAGUGUCGCCAUGGUCAUAUCGUGCGAUUGCUGGAGGUGAUUGACGAUAAACUCAACGAUAGGAUAUACAUGGUCAUGGAGUAUCUCAGCGGCGGAGAAAUUAAAUGGAGGAAUAGCAACAACGAGCCUAUACUGAAAGUAGACCAAUGUCGACGCAUUUGCCGAGAUGUCAUACUUGGUCUCGAAUAUUUGCACUACCAGGGUAUCAUUCACCGUGACAUAAAACCGGCCAAUCUGUUAUGGACAGCUGAUCGUCAAAUGGUGAAGAUAACCGAUUUUGGCGUCUCACAUUUCUCCUAUGCCCAGCGUCUUGCUGCUGCCGGCAGGGGUCAAGUUGCCCUAGACAACCCCAACGAUCCCAUCCUCCUUGACGACUCUGAUUUAUCUAAGAGAGCAGGGACACCUCCUUUUCUCGCUCCAGAGGUAAUUUCUGAAUACAGCACUGAAACUUCUCCAUCAAUCUCCGUAACCGCUACUACUAUCGAUAUCUGGUCCCUUGGUGCCACCUUGUACUGUCUUCUGUUUGGUCGCGUCCCUUUCAUGGCUCCUGAUUCGAGUGAAUACAAUCUUUACAAGAUCAUCUGCAACCAGGAUUGGGAGGUGGAUGAAACU